UGGCCUCACGGGUAGCUGGGGUUUAGAGCCGGGCUCUGAUUGAAAAAUAAAAAGGCGUCCCAACGCGUUUAACUUUUAUACGUCUUUUUUUCUCCUUUUCUAAAAUAUCGUUUUGAAGUACGAGUCCUUUCACUUACUGUGCCACAUAUAGGACAUAACUUUUUGUUCCCCCUGGGUUGUUUUCUCAGUUAAUUUUUUUGUUUAUAUUUUUAUUUUCUUCUCUGACGUUGACAGCGGUCGAGCGAUAUUCUGGACUGUACAGUAAACGCGGGCUAUCUCCGGAUUUGCACAAAAGCGUAGCAGCGCAGUUAAUAUCUUUGCAAGGGAAUCGAAGGGGAGCAAGAAGGAUCUGUGAGGGACCUCGUCUUUUAGGUAUGUCUGUAGCAGUCAGCGUAGGUCCAGACAGGUAACUAGGUGUGUUGUAAUCGUCAUGGUGACGAUGAAGCGGUCUCUACUCACCACUGUCGUCGCCGUCCUUGUGGCUGCGUCGACUGCACAGGACAACGAGUGGCACUUUAACUCAGGUGACCCACCCUGUGCGCCAUCCCACUCUGCAGCUCAGUGCCGCUACGCCCUUGGCAUGGAGGACGGCACCAUCCCCGACUCCGACAUCACUGCCUCGAGUGCCUGGUCGGACUCAACAGAGGCCAAGCAUGGAAGGCUGAGCACAGGGGAGGGUGACGGGGCCUGGUGCCCGGCCGGCUCCGUCUAUCCCAGCGGCUCCGAGUACCUGCAGGUGGACCUGCGCACGCUGCACUUCCUGUCGCUGGUGGGCACGCAGGGCCGGCACGCCGAGGGCCACGGCCGCGAGUUUGCCCGCAGCUAUCGGCUGCGCUACUCCCGCGACGGGCACCAGUGGAUCACCUGGAAGGACCGCUGGGGGCAGGAGGUGGUGUCAGGGAACGAGAAUACGUAUGACGUGGUGCUAAAGGACUUGGGCCCGCCCAUUGUGGCUCGGAUGGUGCGCUUCUACCCCUUGGCCGACCGCGUGAUGAGCGUCUGUCUGCGGGUCGAGCUCUACGGAUGCCUGUGGAACGAUGGCCUGAAGGCCUACACGGCCCCGGUUGGACAUGUCAUGAACCUCUCCGGGUCGCUGGUCUAUCUGAACGACUCCACCUACGAUGGUAGCACAGAGGGAGGGAUGCAGUUCGGGGGCCUGGGCCAGCUGUGCGAUGGCAUCCUGGGGGGUGACGACUUCAUCCAGAGCAAGGAGCUCCGUGUGUGGCCUGGCUAUGACUACCUGGGAUGGAGUCGUGAUGCGCUGGGCCAGGGUAGCGUGGAGGUGGAAUUCCACUUCGAGAGACCACGCGUCUUCCACAGCAUGCAGGUGCACAGUAACAACCGACACACCCAGGGGGUGAGAGUCUUCAACAAGGUGGAAUGCUAUUUCAAGCCUGGGGUGCUGCGUCCGUGGCUGGUCCCGCCCCUGUCCUUCCCUGUGCCCCUGUCGGAUCUGAAGGACCCCUCGUCUCGACCCAUCACCCUGCCCCUGGGAGGUCGCCCGGCCCAGUUCCUGCGCUGCCAGUUCUCGUUCUCGGACCGCUGGCUCCUCAUCAGCGAGAUCUCAUUCUACUCUGAACCCUAUGAGGUGCCAACGACUGUGGACCCUGGUCCCUCUUGGCCACCCACCACUGCCCCCAGCCCUGCAAGCACCGGACUCCGCACUGACCCCCCCACCACGCACGCUGUGAACAGCACCACAGACAACAGCACGCUGUCAGAGAUGGGAAAAUCCCCAAGACCCGGCAUGCCCGUUGCCAAGGACGACAGCAGCGACACUUCCAUCCUGAUUGGCUGCCUGGUGGGAAUCAUCUUACUGUUACUGGCUGUAAUCGUUGUCAUUCUUUGGAGGCAGUACUGGAAGAAAAUACUGGGCAAGGCCCAGGGUAGCCUCUCUGGUGACGAGCUGCGCGUGCACCUCUCAGUCCCCGCAGACAAUGUGGUCAUCAACAACACGCACAGCUACUCCAGUCGCUACCAGCGCAUACACACCUUCCCCGAUGACCGGGACCGCGACGGUGACGCCGAGUACCAGGAGCCCAGUGCACUGCUCCGGUCCAGGGGGGACCGCGACAGCACAGCCCUGCUGUUAAACAACCCAGCCUAUCACGUCCUACUGUCUGACCAGAGGCAUGCCAAGAGCUGGCCGCACGGAUGCACGAGUGUGCCGGAAAAGAUGCACAAUGUAAAGCAGGGCUGUGGGUUUGACCGGGAUGAGAAGGCUGUGCCCACGCAGGAGGAUCCACCCCCUUACCCUGGAGCCCCGCCCCACCCUCAGUUACCCUCAGUUCCCCCACCUCUCUCACUGCCCCUGGGUGCCGCCAGCGUGCCCCACUACGCCGAGGCCGACAUUGUUAGCCUCCAGGGUGUCAGUGGGAACAAUACCUAUGCCGUCCCUGCCCUUUCUGCCCCAACGGACUGCCACCCGCUUCCCGAGCUGCCCCGUCAGUAUCUCGUGUUCAAGGAGAAGCUGGGAGAGGGGCAGUUUGGAGAGGUCCACCUGUGUGAGAUCGAGAACCCGCAAGACCUGCCCAGCCUGGAGUUUCCCUUUAACGUAAGGAAAGGGCGACCUCUGCUGGUGGCGGUGAAGAUACUGCGGCCCGACGCCUCCAAGAACGCCAGAAAUGACUUUUUGAAAGAGGUUAAGAUCCUGUCUCGACUGAAGGACCCGAACAUCAUCCGACUGCUUGGUGUGUGCGUCAGCAGUGACCCGCUAUGCAUGGUGACUGAGUACAUGGAGAGCGGGGAUCUCAACCAGUAUCUCUCCAGCAGAGUCCUGCUGGACAAGGCAGGACCCUCCCACCAUGCCCCAACCAUUAGUUACCCCGCUCUCAUCUCCAUGGCCAGUCAGAUUGCCUCCGGCAUGAAGUUCCUCUCCUCCCUGAACUUCGUGCACCGCGACCUGGCCACCAGAAACUGCCUUGUGGGCGGGGAGCGCGACCAGGUCGGGGGCGAGCGCGAGAUUAAAAUCGCAGACUUUGGGAUGAGCAGGAACCUGUAUGCUGGGGAUUACUACAGGAUCCAGGGGAGAGCCGUGCUCCCGAUCCGCUGGAUGGCCUGGGAGUGCAUCCUCAUGGGAAAGUUCACAACAGCCAGUGAUGUGUGGGCAUUCGGCGUGACCCUGUGGGAGAUGCUGAAUGUGUGCCAGGCACAGCCCUACCCCACCCUUACAGACGAGCAGGUCAUCGACAAUGCAGGCGAGUUCUUCAGGGACCAAGGCCGACAGGUGUACCUGAACCGGCCGGCCGUGUGCCCGCAGGGCCUCUAUGAGCUGAUGCUGAGCUGCUGGAACCGGGACUGCAAGCUGCGGCCCUCUUUCAACUACAUCCACUCCUUCCUGACGGAGGAUGCCAUGAACAUGGUUUAAGUGGCAGGAGGGGGUGUGACAUGGGGGCCAUGAGUGCAGCACAUGGAGAGAGGUGGGCGGCUGAGGUCUGCCGCAUGUUUUUUUUUUUUUUGGGGGGGGUGGGUCUGAAACACCGCUGGCUCGGUUACAAGCAGACCACCCCCCCUUUCUGCCUGCAGAAAAAACUAGAUUUGAAUGUAACCGCGAUGCUGGGUGAUGGGAAAUGGGUGUAUAUCUGCAUAGUGCGAGCCGGGCUGUGAACAGAGUUCUUUUUACUUGCACCAGUGUAAAUGUGUACUGUAUGAGGUCUUUAUCUGAAUAUAUUGAACUGAAACGUGAUUAAAUCAGCAGAAUGAGAUGUAUGUAAAAUCCGAUAAAAAAAAACAAUAACCAGAAAAAUUGAGUAGGAUGACUAAUAAAUCAGCAGUUACCCUCGGGGCCGUUGGGGAAUAGCAGAAGCUUUAAUAUGAUUUCUCUUGUCGUGGCUUCGAGAAAUUAGGUUUACAUCAGACUAGCUGAGGGUUUCUCCACUGCGGUUUGCGCGUGGAGAGCAUGGUGUACUCCCUUCGAACUAGUAAAACAUUAGCUACCUACUGUAACGUAGUUCACUAGAGCUUUUGUUGCUGUUGUUCAUUCAAAGGCUAACGGUGGAGGGUUAUUCUGAUCCUGUACUUUUAAAAUGCAGCCACGCUGUACCUUUGGGGAAUUUCAAGAACAUGUCAUUGCCAGUAUGUUAACCUAGUGGCGUGCGGUAUAUCCUAGUGCCCACUGUGCCAAAGCGCCAUGGCCGAGGUAUUAAGCAUUAAUCCAAACUGCAGCAUGAGAUAAUCCUAGAUUGAUGACAGCUUUGGGAACAGACUGGAGGAUGAGUCGGUUCCAUACGUGGAGUGGGAGCCGCACGUGAUCUCCCCUUGGGAAGGUCCCCUCUGGAUUGGCCCUCGUGUGGAGAAAACAGCAUAUGCACUUUGCAUGCCCCCAUUGUUUGGGAGAAGAUGGGAGAGACGACCCAGAUUUCGUGCUGACGUGUCCCAAGGCUGUGUAUGUUGCUAUUAAGUUCUCUGGUGCUCAGCACAGAUGUGCCAUAUCUGUACAGGACACGUUAAAUGUACAAGCACUACUGAAAUCUCAGUACAGAUCUCUUUCUAACCCUGCUACGCCCCUAUGUUUGUAGGGGGGCACUCCAGGACCUAGGUGGAAGUGAGGGCAACUCACACUAUGUGGCCAAAAGCAUGUGGACACCAGCUUGUCCAACAUCUCAUUCCAAAACCUCGGGUAUUGAUAUGACGUUGGUCACACUUUCCUGCUGUAAAAUCCUGUGUUCUUCUGGGAAAGCUUCCCAUUAGCAGCUUGUAACAUUGCUGGUGGGAUUUACUGCCAUUCAGGGUGGGUAAUGAUGCUGAGUGAUCAGGUCACUCUCUGUGAAUUUGUGUGACUGAUGACUUCACAGCUGAACUCUCUCUCAGAUGUUUCCACUUCACAAUGACCUCACUUACAGCCCACCAGGGCAGCUCUAGCAAGCCAAAUUUGGUGAACUGACUUGAUGCCGUCCUAUGAUGGUACCACGUGGAAAGUCACUGGUCCAAUCCCAUUCUCCACAAUCAAGGAUGCACAUACUUUGAGGUGCAUUCCUGUUAAGUCCUUGAGGACUUAAGGUUGUCCCACUGUCAAAUUAAGUGCAUGCGGGCUAUCUCGCAGACAUUUUGAACCCUUUAUGCACACUGUCCAUAAGGAUAAGUGCCUGAGGGAAUUACCCACAGAUUAUAGCACUGUGACAUGAAACAUGGGGUUACCAGGGGAAGCAUAAAUGGUGAACAAACCAUUUCUUUUAGUUUUUGCUUAAUGACGCUGUUUUGACAAAAAAAAGAACAAUUUGAUAACUACCUCUCAUCCACUCAAAGGCUAGAGGCUGGAACGCAUUCAUAUUAGGCAGUCAGUCAGUCCCUGAAGUGCCUUGGCCAUGAAGAAAGUACAAAUUUCAUUUUAAAAUGUCCCAAACCUGCAAUAGUAAGGAACAUGUUUUGGUGUUGUCAAGGUAACAUCACAACAUACUGUCCCAAUCCUACUUAUACUAUUUCGGACCCUUGCAGCCUCUCGCACUCGGUCACUUGCCAGGUGAUGUCAGUUAAGUCUGUGAGGGUUGAGGGCAUAGACCCCAGGAGGACAAUGGGACCGGGCUGUUAACACCUUUUAUAGAACCACCCAUUCUGCUGCUGUUUGUUGCAGGAGAUCGCGUGCUUAAUUAUACACCUGUGUCAGCAUUGGGUGUGGCUUAAUUAGGCAAUUCCACUAAUUAAUAGGGAUGUCCACAUACUUUUGGCCAUGUGGUAUAUCUGCCUCAUUAACUGCUGGUGUGGUGAGCAUACAAUUAAAAUCACAUUUUGGAGAGAUCAGUAAAACAGCUUGUCCGUGCGUUAGUUUCAUUUUUGAUACACUGUACUUCCCAACUAAAACAUUUUUUUUUAUGACAUGUAUCGUCCUCAGUCUUUAAACCAGAACUAAUAUGUAAAUAUACAAAAUGAUUUUUUUCUUCACUAAUAUAUGAAAUGUGAUAUUCUGGGUCUUUUUGCCAUUUUGUUGCCGUUUUCUUUCUUUGGUGUACUUUUUGUAGAUGAAUUAAUAAAGCGAUCUUUUCAGAUAA